AUGUAUCUACGUUUGUUUAUAUCUAUCUAUCUAUCUAUCUCUCUAUGUCAUUUCAUAUCUAUCUAUCUAUCCAUCUAUCUAUCUAUCUAUCUCUGUUCAUAUCUAUCUAUCUAUCUAUCUAUCUAUCUAUCGUGGUCUUUUCAUAUUUAUCGAUCCCAUUCUAUUCAUAUCUAUCUAUCUAUCUAUCUAUCUAUCUAUCUAUCUAUCUAUCUAUCUGCAUUUGUUAAUAUCUAUCUAUCUAUCUAUCUAUCUAUCUAUCUAUCUAUCUAUCUAUCUUGGCCUUUUCAUAUUUAUCUAUCUCAUUCUAUUCAUAUCUAUCUAUCUAUCUAUCUAUCUAUCUAUCUAUCUAUCUGCAUUUGUUCAUAUCUAUCUAUCUAUCUUGGUUUUUCAUAUUUAUCUCAUUCUAUUCAUAUCUAUGUAUCUAUCUAUCUAUCUAUCUAUCUACGUCUUUUCGUAUCUAUGUAUAUACAACUGUUCUAUCUAUCUAUCUAUCUAUCUAUCUAUCUAUCUAUCUAUCUAUCUACCAUACUUUCUUCCUUUGUCUCUUUCUUCAUUAGCCUUUUUAUUUUAUUCUUUCUUUUAGUCCUUAAUCUUUUUUCUUCUUCUUCCCGUGACUUCCAAUUUUUCGCUUUUUGUCUAUUAAUUUUUUUCUCCUUCGUUCAUUUUUUCAUUAAUCUUUUUAUUUUCUUCUUUUUCCCUUUCUUUUCCCCCUUCUUCUUCUUCUUCUUCUUCUUCUUCUUCGUCUUCUUCAAUUCAUUAAUUUUUUUAUAUUUUCUUCUUUCUAUUUCCCAUUCUUUUUCUUCUUCCUUCUCUUCAUCGUCUGCUUCUUCAUUCUUUCCUUCUUUUUUCCUUUUCAUCCUUCUUCUUCUUCUUCUUCUUCUUCUUCUUCCACUUUUCACUCUUCUGUUUAAUAACAUACUUUCUUCCUUUGUCUCAUACUUCAUAUUUUCUUCUUUCUAUUUCCUCUUUCUUCUUCUUCUUCUUCUUCUUCUUCUUCUUCCUCUUCCUCUUCUUCUUCUUCUUUCCUCAUUGACUUUCAUCUCCAUCAUCUAUUUUUUACUAGUCUCUUUCAACCAACUCUUUUAUUAUCUCCGACGUCUUUUCUCUCCAUUUUCUCUUCAGCCUUCGCCUUCUCUACAGACGCCGGAUUUCUUUUAA